AUGUACUCUGCCAACAACUCACAGGAACCCCUAAAUAACGGGACCCCGGGGCCUUUCGAUGGCCCCCAGUGGCCCCACCAGGCCCCGCGGGGCAUGUACCUGUCGGUGUCCGUGCUGAUGGGCAUCGUCGUGGUCUCUGCCUCGGUUGUCAACGGUUUGGUCAUCGUGGUUUCCAUCAGGUACAAGAAGCUCCGGUCGCCCCUGAACUACAUCCUGGUGAACCUGGCCGUGGCCGACCUGCUGGUGACGCUCUGCGGCAGCUCCGUCAGCUUCUCCAACAACAUCAACGGCUUCUUCGUGUUCGGCAAAAAGAUGUGCGAGCUGGAGGGCUUCAUGGUCUCCCUGACGGGGAUCGUGGGGCUGUGGUCCCUGGCCAUCCUGGCCUUCGAGCGGUACGUUGUGGUCUGCAGACCCCUGGGAGAGUUUCGGUUCCAGCACCGACACGCCGUCAGCGGCUGCGCCUUCACGUGGAGCUGGUCACUGCUCUGGACAACCCCACCGCUCAUGGGCUGGAGCAGCUACGUGCCUGAAG